GAUUGUGACGUGUUUCAGGCUGCCUCCGAACACAGUGAUGAACUGUAGUAAGUUGGUACGGCGUUUACGUGACAUGCAAAUGUAUGAAUUGAUUACAAAAUAGUUAGCAUUAAAUUAGUAAACAAGUGCGUUUAAGUGAACUUGUUUGCUAGCCGAACACCAUGAGCAUUAGCUAAAACGUGAAUGUAUACUUUAUGAUAAGCUAGACGCAGAUUAGGACAUUUUAAAAUAAGGAUAGCAAGUUACCUUAUUUUAACGUUAUUUAAUAAGCAGGUUAGCUUAGCACGCUGCAAAAUAUUGUUACCGUCAUGCUAAACAGCUCUAAACAUAGCAAGCUGACUGCAACGUUGUCAUUUAAUAGCUAAUGUUACCGUGUGACUUUCAGGUCAGCGUACUGUGGUCGUUCGUUUGUUGCCACUGAGGAUCCCUUGACUGCAGUUUGAACUUGUCCUCCAUACACCUGUAAGAGGGCGUUCUUAAUGACUUACCGGAGGCGUCUGUGGGAGAAAUGGGCGUCUCAGCGCAUACCCCAGUUGUGUGUCUCACGCUCUCCGUGGUGACCAUAGCGCUGUUUGCAUACGUUCUGUGUGUGUGCAUGUCAGACAACAAGCCCACAGUGACCCGGAUAACGGCAUUGGAAUUGGAGUUAAACCUCGGGGGAGACAGUCUGAAAAGGGCACGCAGAAAUCUAAGAACAGUCGCGGACGAGCAGCGUUACCCCUUUCUUUCAGAACGGAAGUUAAAACGCUCCCAGGCGUCCCGCUCUGCACCAAGAGAGGAGUUAUGUCAACUGGCCCCAGAGGAACGCUUUGACUGUGCGCGGGACAGGUCGGUAAGCCGGUCAGAAUGCGAGGCUCGAGGUUGCUGCUACGUCCCGCUGAGGGACAACCUCUCUAACGGACCUCCGUGGUGCUUCUACCCACCGUCAUACCCUGGCUACAAAAUGGGACCCCUCUCCCCAAGCCCCCGUGGCCAGGCAGCCACCCUAACCCGCCCCACACCCUCCUACCUCCCCAGAGAUAUUUCUACCCUACGACUAGAGGUCAUGGAGGAGUUGGAGGGUCGACUGCACAUCACACUGAAGGAUCCUGCACAUCCCAGGUACGAGGUCCCCCUGUCCGUGGCCCAGCCGAUGAAGAGCCCAGAUGGGCAAGAAACCCUCUACAGCAUUGAGAUUCAUCCUGACCCUUUUGGAUUCAUAGUGCGUCGCAAAUCCAAUGGCCGCGUGCUCAUGAACACCACAGUGGCCCCCCUGCUCUUUGCUGACCAGUAUCUACAGCUGUCCACCUCCCUGCCCUCCUCUCUGCUGUCAGGCCUGGGAGAGCACUACACCCCCAUUACCCUGGACCUAAACUGGACCUCACUCACGCUGUGGAACCAGGACAUGGCCCCCCACAGUGAUGCCAACCUGUAUGGGUCCCACCCGUUCUACCUGGUACAGGAAGGGGAGGGCCAGGCUCACGGAGUCUUCCUGCUCAACAGCAACGCCAUGGAAGUAGUGCUCCAGCCCACCCCGGCACUCACCUGGGUGUCAAUCGGAGGGGUCCUGGACCUGUAUGUCUUCCUGGGGCCGGACCCUCAGAGUGUCGUGCAGCAGUACCACCAGGUCAUCGGGUACCCCAUGAUGCCUCCCUACUGGUCUCUGGGUUUCCACCUGUGCCGCUGGGGCUACCCCACCACCAAUGCCACCCGAGCUGUAGCUCAGCGCAUGCACGACGCCCACUUUCCCCUGGAUGUGCAGUGGAACGACCUCGACUACGCGGACAAGCGCAGAGUUUUCACCUUUGACCCCCAGCGCUUCGGGGACCUUCCUGAAAUGGUGAAGCACUUCCACCAAGAGGGGAUGAAGUAUGUCCUCAUUCUGGACCCAGGCAUCAGCAGCUCGAGUCCUCCCGGAUCCUACAGACCCUUUGAUGAAGGGCUACGGAGGGGUGUCUUCAUCAGGAAUACCACGGGCCAGCCUCUUAUUGGGAAGGUGUGGCCGGGACCCACCGCCUUCCCGGACUUCACCAAUCCCGAGACGCAGCGUUGGUGGCAAGAGAACAUCCAGGACUUCCACAGCAAAGUCCCCGUCGAUGGCCUGUGGAUUGACAUGAACGAGCCAGCCAGCUUUGUGCAGGGCUCCCUGGAGGGCUGUCCCGACACUGCCCUGGAGAGCCCCCCCUAUGUUCCAGGUAUGAUUGGAGGCCACCUGAACUCUGGCACCCUGUGCAUGUCCAGCCAGCAGAACAUCUCCUCCCAUUAUAAUCUGCACAACCUCUAUGGGCUGACAGAGGCCAGCGCCACCUACAGCGCCCUGCUGAAGGUUCGGGGAUCCCGCCCCUUCAUCCUUUCCCGCUCCUCCUUCCCGGGAUUGGGCCGGUAUUCCGCCCACUGGACGGGAGACGUGCGGAGCGACUGGGAGCAGCUACGCUAUUCCGUCCCCGCCGUGCUGCUGUUUGGGCUGUACGGGGUGCCCCUGGUGGGGGCCGAUGUCUGUGGGUUCGAGGGCGACACCUCAGAGGAGCUGUGUGUGCGCUGGAUGCAGCUGGGGGCUUUCUACCCCUUCAUGAGGAACCACAAUGACAGAUCCAACAAGCCCCAGGAGCCCUACGUGUUUGGGGAGCGAGCCCAGGACGCCAUGCGGAGCGCCCUGACGCUGCGAUACUCCCUCCUGCCCCUCCUCUACACGCUGUUCCACCAAUCCCACUCCUCCGCCCGCACCGUGGCCCGGGCCCUCUUCCUGGAGUUCCCCUCUGAUCCUAACUGCCAGACAGUAGAUAGGCAGUUCCUGUGGGGUCGUUCACUGCUCAUCAGCCCUGUCCUGGAGCAAGGAUCAGUGGAGCUGGCUGCCUACCUCCCCCCGGGGACUUGGUACAGUCUGCACGAUGGACAGCCAUUCCACAGUAAGGGGCAGUACCUCCUUCUGCCCGCCCCCCUGGACACCAUCAACGUCCACCUGAGGGGGGGGCACAUCAUCCCACAGCAGGAGCCGGCUUUGACGACCCCGGCGUCCCGCACUAACCCCUUCCUCCUGACGGUGGCGCUGUCUACAGGGGGCUGGGCACGGGGCGAGCUGUUCUGGGACGAUGGGGACAGCCUGGACACUUUCGAGAGGGGCGAUUACUCCUUCCUGAUGUUCAUCGCUGGAGAGUCAAUGCUGGUGAGCCAACCGCUGAAGACAAACGGGGCUCUAGAUGGACUGGUGCUGGGUGGGGUGCGAGUUUUUGGGGUGCCCUCCCCACCUCUGGAAGUGUGGGUCAACAGCGAGAGGCUGGAGGAUUUCUCCUACCGCUCCGACACCCAGGUGCUGACGAUAGCCAACCUGGCCCUUCCAAUGGCGGAGAGCUUUACUAUGCGCUGGAGGCUGUGAGGGUCCUUAGCCCUGAGGAUCCUGGGACACGCCAAACGGCCUUCCUCCCUCAGGGUCAUGCUUAAUGACCCUCAGGGUCAUGCUUGAAAACUGAUUUUGCACUGCACUGUUUAAUGCUGUUUAUGGUGUGAUUUCGUUAAGAUUGAAUCUGUGUUUUUAUUAAAUUGAUUAAAGACA